AACGGUUACAGUGGGAUGUCAACAUAAACUGGCCAACACCGUCUACCAAAUCAGACGUCACUCCACCCUCGUUUUGAAGGACAACAUGUGCAUUUCUUUAUUUCCCCCCCCCUUCCUUCCCUCCCUCCCUUUCCAUGUUCUCCACUUCUCCCUCGCAGGCCACAAGUGUUUGAUUCGCUGUCUGGCCGUGCAUAGUAAUGAGAAGGGCACAUCGGGCUGCUUUUUAAAAGAGCUGCUGGCUGCCUCUCCACAGCAAGCGAGAGAGAGAGAGACCUAAACGACUGAUUGGAGGUUCAUCCAAGCGCUCAGGACGCACAGAGUUGCACAAUCAGCGCAAGACUCAAAGGGACUCCAAAAACAGAAACCCCUCAGCGGCUCCUUCAGUUUUGCCAUCCAAACAGUCACUGCAAGUGGAUUUUAUAUGCACCUCGAAAGACUUGUGUUGUCUUUUUUUUUCCCGUGUGUUUUCGAGAGCUUGGAUUUUUAGGAGCUGGUUUUAGAGAACUUUUUUUAUUUUUAUUUGUGAAGACAUGCAUCGGUGCACAGCGGUGCUGCUUUUGUUAGUGGUGGCCUUAUACGUCUUGAGCGCAGAAGCCUACAAGUGCAGGUGCACCAGGAAAGGGCCAAAGAUCCGAUACAAGGAUGUGCAGAAGCUGGAGAUCAAACCCAAACACCCGUUCUGCCAGGAAAAGAUGAUAUUUGUGACGAUGGAGAACGUGGCUCGGUUCAAAGGGCAGGAGUAUUGUCUCCAUCCCAAACUUCAGAGCACCAAGAAUCUGGUCAAAUGGUUCCGUAUCUGGAAGGACAAGCACAGGGUGUAUGAAGCCUAAAACUUCGGCUACCCAGCACACGUGGAUCAAGUGAGACAAAAAAAAUAAAAGCAACAAUACCACCGGGACUGUUUUUGCGAAGGACAAGAUGUAAUCUACAAUCAAACUGUAGUUCUUCCCUCUUCUGCCUGAGAUCUGUCGAGCACAUUACGAUAUUUUUAGUUUGUAUAUAUAAGCUGGUGAGCUCGUUUUAGUCGGCCAUCACCGUAGUUACAGUCAGUCAUCACCUCAGUCUUUACAACUGUAGUUAUACUUGUCAAAUAGUGGACGAGACACCACCAUCUGUGUUCAAACAGUUGUAGGUUCAUUCAGUUGUUACUUAAAGGGACUCUUUUGCUGUUAGGCUUCUUUCAAAGUGAAGAAUGUGUAUUUUUGAAGAAAUGGGCAAAACUUCCUUUGAAAAAUACAGUGGGUGUUUCAGUUGUUAAGAUUUUCACUACUCUGUAUUCAGUAUGGCAGGUACGACAUUUGUACAAAGCCAAUAUUUAGAAUCUGAUCACAUGUGUUUAAAAGGUUGUAGUCAAAAUGUAGUGAUAAAGUUUCUCAAUGAAUCUGAUACUGUAUUUGUAGAGGAGAAGCAGUCAGUGUGCGAUUACAUAUAAUACAGAAGUUGCUAUUGUUCGGUCAGAUAGAGGAGGUCUGCCACUGUGUGUAUGUUUACCAUGUUCAUGCUAGUCAUAUGUAUCAAACAAACAUAUUACUCUGCAGCACCUAUUUUGUAAAAUAUGAUCUUAUUAAUUGGCAGGGUGUAGUUUCAGCAGAUAUUAAAGAAUACAAAUAGUUAAUGUUGUGCCAUUUCUAUGUACAGUACAGUCUGUGGACUGGAGUUAAUUAAAAAACAAAAUCAUAAAAUACACUAAGAAAGCAAGACUGUCUGCAGUUUACAUCAACAAAGCUCUAUCUGUUAUAUAUUUUCACUGGUUGGAAGAUUUGUUAGUCAAACCUCUUGGAAUAAGUGUGUAAUUAGA